UAUUUUGCUAUUUUCUUAAACUUAAGUGACUGUGCCCCCUCCACCACAUUCCAUAUACUUUUAACCGGAAAAGAAUUUGUCUACAUUGGUGGCCUGAAAAGUUCAGGCUUUGAGUGCCAUCCCUGUAAGCCUCGUCCCAGAGGCUCCGGAUGUCGUAACUGCUCUCUUUGUCAAGUUGGUUAUUUCAUGUACCGCAAACAGAUGUGUGUCAAGUGUCCUGCAGGUGAUAAAAGAGAUUUAAAAUGCUUCAUGUCAUAGUUAAAUAAUUUUGGAACAACAGCAACAUAACUAGAGAAAAUUCGAGGCUUUGUUAGUUACGUUCUUUUAAUAGAAGAGGUCUCAAGCUUGGUCAAUCCAAGUGCUAGUAUCCUAACUGAAAUUUUCCUUUAUCCCAUUGUCGUUUCCUUUGCUAUCGUUUUAAAGUUUUCAUUCUCGCUUUCUUUUUUUCAUUAGUUGGUUUUUCGUGUUAAGUGAGCUGAUGGUUGUAGGGCCACUGCCAAUAAGGCCAGUUUUCACUCAUAAUCAGUUUUAUGUCGUUGCAUCCUUCUUACAUAAUAUCUGGUGGCUACCGUUUCAUUUCCGUUUUAGUUUCUUUUCCGGUUUUACGUUACGUUCCGUGUCACGUGACAAUUUCACGUUUUUUGACAUUUUGGAGAGAGUUUUACCUUCGUGUUGCUGUUUUAGUUCGCAAAAUAGUUCUUUAACGUGGUUGCGAUUGUGAUCGUGAUUGCGUUAUUGCGAUUUCCCUUUUUCUUGUACGUUAUCUUGUAACGCUACACACGGAUUAAAGGGGAAAGCCACAUAUCUUCACAGGUGGUUUUUAUCAGGAUGAAAUGGGACAACUUAAUUGCAAAAGAUGCAGUAUUGGUACAUUUGUGUCUGAAACGCGACGUCCUGGGACAAGUUCUACGGACUGUGUGGCAUGUCCAUAUGGUAACUGAUGUUUUGUCUUUGAGACACUCUUAAGAUUUUUCACCAUCAAAACCUCUCUCUUCAGGACAUUCCAUGUGUGUUUUAUAGCGUUGCAGGGAAAAGAAAAUGUCUAUUCUCAACCCAAAACGGGAACGGCUGGCAAAUUAAUUUCUCGCCAGUUUGAGUACCGCUGAACUUCAUUUUGUGUCCUCGGAGCUAAUUCUUAACUAACUGUAAGCGGUUUGAUGGGUUGAAUUUACUUUUAAGGUUGGUUUUGCGCCUUUGUAAGAAAUAAUGUUAAUAAACUAUUUAUCUAAAUUGCAGGUACUCUCUCCAACGAGACUGCGGAAUAUCGAGCAUGCAGAUGCCUUCAAAACUUUUAUCGGCUGGAUCGUUUUGGCCCGUGCUCAGCAUGUCCACUACACGGUUUUGUUUGUGAGAAGGAUACAGCGAUACUUGCUCCUAACUUCUUCUGGAAAUGGUCAAAUCAGUCUGAAAAACAACUCUUCAAAGGUUUUGUUAACAACAUCCACUCUUCUAAACCAGAUUACGACACGUCAUAUUCUACGUUUAAUACUUUACUUCCAAAGCCACUCAAAUGUCCUUAUGCCAAGUCUUGCGAGGGUGGAAUCGACUCUGAAUGCCACCAUGGAUAUAAAGGAGUUUUGUGUGCAACCUGCUCUAACGGCUUUUACUUCCGAUUUCACACUUGCUUGAAAUGUCCUCGGUUAACUGUAACAGUUACUUCUUCCAUCUUAGUAAUUGCUCUUUUUGUUGCUGUGUUUCUAAUGGUUCUUUGGGGUGACUCCAAACGUGCAGAGAAUAACCGGACGGUUGCAGAUGUCGUCAUGUCGUGCUUUAAGAUUGUGAUUGGUUUUUACCAAGUCAUUGCUGGAAUCUUCUCGGCAUUAGCGAAAGUCCAGUGGCCAGUCAUUUUGAUCUCAACGGAGAAGGUUCUAAAAGUGUUUGAAGGGAACAUCUUGCAGUUUGCGCCACUAAGCUGCAUUCAUUCUUCCCUGCGUCUCGAUGAGCUCGGAAAGUUCACAGUGAUCGUUGCUUUGAAUGUCCUACUUGUCGGCUUGAUUUUCCUUUAUCUUUUCGUUAAAAGACGCUACAUUAUAAACAUAACUGACCGAGCCGAAAGCCAAAAAAUAAGGGAAAUUAAGAGUUUGAAGAAAUCUUGCUAUCGGAACAUUUUCCUAUUGUUGUUGACGACCUACCCCACGACGAGCAAAUCGAUUAUUCAGAUUCUGCCUCUUCCUGGUGCGUGUGUAGAAACGUGUUUCUCUAAAGAAAAGCUCGACUGUAUCUUCCUGCUGAGAGCUGACUACUCCAUCCAGUGUUUCACUCCUCGCCACAGCUUGUAUUGGCUCAUGGCCUCUAUUCUGGCAUUAUAUCCCGUGGGAUUUCCACUUUUGGCUUUGUUUCUCACUUACAAAUAUCGUGAGUCCCACGAAAACGAAGCAGUCUCUUUCGGGCUCAGAGUAUUCUUUGAAAACUACAAGAAGAAAUUUUGGUUUUGGGAGGUCAUAGAGAUGUACCGAAAACUGAUAUUGAUCUCAUUGAUUUUCCUAUUUGGAUCUAAAAGCCUUCCUCAAAUAGGCCUCACAGUUCUGACAGUCAGCGUCUUUGGAGUGCUCUACACCGUGUUCCGACCAAUCAAGGACAAGUUUGAAGACAGCUUACAAACAUUUGUUCUUUGGAUAAUUUUCUUUGACGUUUGUCUUGGUGCAGUUUACACAAACUGGGAUGAGAGUCAAGGAGGGGACAAGAACGACUCCAUCUUUGUAAAUGUCCUGUUCGUGGUCCUUAACGCCUCUGUAUUAUUAAUUGCCAUUGGUAAGUCACAGUGCUGCUCUUUACGUUUUAUGGAUUAAUUUAACUUUACUUUCAAAUAUUAAAAGUGCAAAUAGCAAUUACUGGGAAGUUUUAAGGAAGUGGGAUGUCUAAAUGUCGCAUCUGUGGAAUUUAGCAUCAUACGUUGUGUAUAUUUAGGCAUUUCCACUUUGCUUUUUCAUAUUGCUUCACAUUUUGUCUUUCCCGUUUUAGUUAUGUUAUGACUUAGAAUUAAGUGUUUUUGUUACUUCGGAGAAAUCUUGCAUAUCAUUGUUUAAAAGCAAUUAUGCAACAUAGCUGGUACUCUUCGGUAGAAAGCUUUGCAGUUAUCGUUUAUCAUACAACCUGAUUGGAUUAGUGAAUAUUACUGGUUGCUCAGAUCACUAAGUUGUGCUCAGUUAUUCAAGCAGCUGGAACGAAAACUGUCCAUAUAUAUCUUGCUUGAGAGUCAUGCCUUAUCAAAUACCAAGAAAACGCCUCAGUGAAUCUAAUAAGCUUCUAUUUUAUACAUACUGAGAUUAAUACUGUGAAGUACUAUUGUUCGUGUCUCUGAUUGGACGAAAGAUAUAUUUGAACAAUCGUUCGCUUCCCAUCUUUGAAAUGGGUCGGUCAUUAAGAAAAAAUGAGGAGAAUGCACUCCCUCCCGUAGCCUAAAAAAAGUCAGAGUACGAGUUAUUGGGAAAUUUUGGUUAACCCUAACCCUAAGAGGUUCCUCGUUAACACUUUAUACAAAAAUACAAACGUUAUUGAAAAAUUGAUAAUUAUGCUAUUCCGUUCUUAUCUUUUACUGCGUCAGGAAAGGGAAUAUCACAUGUGAAGUUAUUUCGCAAGUACUUUACCGUCUGCCCGAUGAGACGUUUCAAUUUCCUUCGCCAAGGACUGGCGAUUCUUAAGAAUAAAGCGGUCACCACAACACCUGAAGAAUCAUGCUUGAUCGAGGAUAGCACCUAA